UUGUCUUUUAAGGGCCUAGUCAAAAUUCUUAAGAACAAGGCUUAUUUCAAGCGGUAUCAAGUCAAAUUUAGGAGGAGAAGGGAGGGCAAGACUGAUUACUACGCCAGAAAGCGCCUUAUAUGGCAAGAUAAGAACAAAUAUAAUACACCUAAAUAUCGUUUUGUCGUUCGUUUUACCAACAAAGAUGUAAUUUGUCAAGUCGUUUAUGCUUGCAUUUCUGGUGAUAGGGUUCUCUGCUCUUCUUAUGCUCAUGAAUUGCCUCAAUAUGGAGUUAAGGUGGGGCUUAAAAAUUAUUCGGCAGCAUAUUGCACUGGUCUACUCUGUGCCCGUCGUGCUUUAAAGCAGUUAAAACUCGACGGGAUAUAUAGUGGUCUCACGAAAGCGGAUGGAUCGGAUUUUCGCAUCGAAGAUACUGGAAAUCGACGAGCCUUUCGUUGUUAUCUCGAUGUUGGCUUGGCCAGGACAAGUUCUGGCGCUAAUGUGUUUGGGGCUCUCAAAGGUGCUAUCGACGGAGGCAUUUCGAUUCCUCAUAGCAUAAACAGAUUCCCGGGUUUUGACAAAGAGUCGGGUGAUUACAAGCCAGAAGAACAUAGGGCAAGGAUAAUGGGACAGCAUGUGGCAAACUAUAUGAGGUCUCUUAAAGAGGAGGAUGAGGAAGCGUACAAUCGUCAAUUCUCGCAAUACAUAAAGGCUAGUCUUGGUCCGGAUGACAUUGAAAGCAUGUAUGUAAAAGCACAUGCUGCUAUUCGGUCUAAUCCAUCGAAAAUUGCAAAGCCAAAAUCUGAACCUCAGGAAAGAAAGCGCUAUCAUCGUCUCAAAAUGUCUUGGAAACAAAAGCGCGAACGUGUUGUCUCCAAAAAAUCUAUCUUUCUUUCACAGCUUAAAAAGCUCAAUCAGCUAGAAUAA